AUGGUAGACUCCGUGCCACACCGAUGGAUCCUGUGGGGGAUUCUAGGGCUGAACGGCAUUGUUUUUGUCAUGUGGAACGCAGCUGUGGCUCAGUAUAAAGCAACCGGAGACCCUCGACAAUAUUUGUACAUGGCUAGGAACUUUCUCGUUAGCUACGAGAAUUUCAGUGCCGGUCGUCUAUGGACGCUAGUGACAGCGUGCUUCUCGCAUGGAGACAUCACACACUUGUUUGUGAACGCCUUCUCGCUCUACUUCAUGGCACCUGCGGUUCUGCGGAUACUUCACAACGGCAAAUUCCUGGUGUUCUACCUGGGUGCUGGUAUGUUAGCAAGUCUUAUAAGCCUGCAAUGGAACCAUGCCAUUGAGAAGAAGCCGUCUCAUUAUGCUUCACGCGCAAUAUACGCCAUUAUAGCUUUUUUCGCCUGUGUUGCUCCGAAGGCAACACUUUACUUGUUUGGCAUGAUUCCCUUACCCGCAUGGCUAUUCGUCACAGGGAUCUUCCUCUGGGAUGGCUCCAGUACUCUUACACAUACGGGUGGACAAAUGGAUACCGCCGGCCAUGUGGGUGGGAUCCUCAGUGGGAUUGCAUACUAUUGCUGGAUGAUGCUCCGGAGGUGA